AUGAGUUCAACCGUGCCCGAGUUCACAAUGGGAAACCCGUAUGAACAUUGGCAUGGUGAACCUCCAAGUGUUGAUCACCUUCGAAUAUUUGGAUGUCUUGCCUAUGUCUUCAUUCCAAAAUCGCAGCGUGAUGCCUCGACUCGCACACUGACAAGUGUAUCUUCGACUCGACGCUGGAGACCUAAGCCGAAUUUCGAAGCGCCUGAUCAUAUCCUCAUUCCCAUUGCUGAUGGCGUCGAAGCUGCCUUAAACACAUCUACAAGCCGCGAGCCAACAACACUAGGAGAAGCUCUGAAACGCCCUGACGGCGACAAGUACGUCCAAGCGGCUAUAGAAGAGGUCAGAGCUCACCUGGAAAACGGCACGUGGAAGCUUGUAUUCAAAAUCAAACGUGAUGCUGACGGGUCUAUUAGCAAGUACAAGGGACGCAUUGUGGCCAAGGGAUACGCACAACGAGAGGGAAUCGACUACACAGAGACCUUCGCACCAACAGCUCGCUUUGGUGCCCUUCGCACCAUCAUAGCACUUGCAGCACUUGAAGACUGGGAGCUAGAGUCAGUAGACAUAUCAACCGCUUUUCUCAAUGGUGAGAUUGAUGCAGAAGUCUACAUGAGAAAGCCAGAAGGAGUCGAGUUCGAGGGCUAUGAAGGCACGAGCUGGGUUUCAACUCUCAAGGUCCUCUAUGGAAUCAAACAAGGCCUCGCAUCUGGUCUCGAUCACAGUGUCUUCAUCUAUGAACGCGACAGUGUGAAGAUCAUUGUACCAGUCCAUGUCGAUGACUUACUGCUUGCAUCAAAGUCAUCCGAAGCCAUUCAAAUGGUGAAGGAUGAGCUCAAAGCACGCUUCAAGAUCCAUGACCAAGGCCCUACCUCAUUCCUACUUGGUGUCAAGCUCGAGCGCGAUCGCCAAUCCCAUACCAUCUCUCUCUCUCAGCCUGUGUACAUCGAACAGAUCCUCGAAACCUACGAAAUGCAGGACUGUAAUGGCACCGACACGCCUAUGGCUGAAAAGCCACUCCUCUCGACCAAGGAUUCAUCACAAACUGAGCAGGAGAAGUUGGAAAUGUAG